UGACGCUGAUUUCGCCGUCUAACCUUGGCCAACGCACAUAAACACUCCCCCGGUGGGGAGUGAAUGAGAAGGUGUAGGGAAAGUGCUUUGGCAAAGCUCCAAGCACCAGCCAAAUGCAAGGCAUUGUGGGGUCAUGGUUACGGCAGUGAGUGGGCUUCCGAGAGACGUGGGCCUGAGUGCAAAUCCUGCCUCUGCUACUUCCUGGUUGUGUGACUUCAGUCAAGUUGCUUUAUCUCCCUGUGCUUCCGUUUCCUUCUGUGUAAAAAACGGAGAAGAUAACUGUUACCUGACUUGACGUGGUGAGUAUAAAAGUAAUAAAAGCCAACCCCACUUCAAGGGACCACAACACAAUGUCAGGAAGAGGGAGCUGAGUGACCUGGGUGAUUCUGAGUCAGUCAGGGAGGUCUUCCUGAAGGAGGCUGAGGCCCCAAGGUGAGGCCACCCGGACAUAUCAAGCUAUUUUCAGGAUCGGCCCGGCACUGGAGCCGGCUCAGUCGGGGCCCCCUGUGGUUCCAGAAUGAGGCUCCUCCGCAGACGUCACAUGCCCUUGCGCCUGGCCAUAGUGGGCAGCGCCUUUGUGCUCUUCCUCUUCAUCCUGCAGAGGGAUGUCAGCAGCAGGGAACAUGCCACGGAGAAACCGUGGCUGAAGUCCUUGGUGAGCCAGAAGGAUCAUGUCCUGGACCUCAUGAUGGGGGCCAUGAACAACCUUAAGGAUUCGAUGCCCAAGUUCCAGAUCAGGGCUCCAGAGCCCCAGGACACACUGCUCUCCACAAACAAGUUCUGCCUCCCCGGUUUCUACACACCAGCUGAACUGAAGCCCUUCUGGGAACGGCCACCACAGGACCCCAACGGCCCUGGGGCAGAUGGGAAGGCUUUUCAGAAGGACGAGUGGACGCCCCUGGAGACCCAGGAAAAGGACAAGGGCUAUAAGAAGCACUGCUUCAAUGCCUUUGCCAGUGACCGGAUCUCCCUGCAGAGGGCCCUGGGGCCAGACACUCGACCCCCUGAAUGUGUCGACCAGAAGUUCCGGCGCUGCCCACCACUGCCCACUACCAGCGUCAUCAUUGUGUUUCACAACGAGGCCUGGUCCACACUGCUGCGAACAGUGUACAGCGUCCUCCACACCAGCCCUGCCAUCCUGCUGAAGGAGAUCAUACUGGUGGAUGAUGCCAGCACUGAGGACUAUUUAAAGGAGGAACUGGAACAGUACGUGAAGCAGCUGCAGAUCGUGAGGGUGGUGCGGCAGGAGGAGCGGAAGGGGUUGAUCACGGCCCGGCUGCUGGGAGCCAGCGUGGCACAGGCAGAGGUGCUCACCUUCCUGGAUUCCCACUGCGAGUGCUUCCAUGGCUGGCUGGAGCCCCUCCUGGCUCGCAUCACCGAGGAUGAGACAGCGGUGGUGAGCCCGGACAUCGUCACUAUUGACCUUAACACUUUUGAGUUCUCCAAGCCCGUUCAGAAGGGCAGAGUCCAUAGCCGGGGCAACUUUGACUGGAGCCUGACCUUCGGCUGGGAGACUCUCCCUCCACAUGAAAAGCAGAGGCGCAAGGAUGAGACUUACCCAAUCAAAAGAUGCACAUGCUUCUCCCUCUGUCUCUCCAGAUCCCCGACGUUUGCUGGUGGCCUGUUCUCCAUCUCCAAGUCCUACUUCGAGCACAUCGGUACCUAUGAUAAUCAGAUGGAGAUCUGGGGAGGGGAGAACGUGGAAAUGUCCUUCCGGGUGUGGCAGUGUGGGGGGCAGCUGGAGAUCAUCCCCUGCUCUGUGGUAGGCCACGUGUUCCGUACCAAAAGCCCCCACACCUUUCCCAAGGGCACCAAUGUCAUUACUCGCAACCAAGUGCGCCUGGCUGAAGUCUGGAUGGAUAGCUACAAGGAGAUUUUCUACCGGAGAAGUAUGGAGGCAGCAAAGAUGGCCCGAGAGAAAUCCUUCGGUGACAUUUCCGAACGACUGCAGCUGAGGGAACAACUACACUGUCGUAACUUCUCCUGGUACCUGCACAACAUCUACCCAGAGUUGUUCAUUCCUGACCUGAAGCCCACCUUCUAUGGAGCUAUAAAGAACCUCGGUAUCAACCAGUGCCUGGAUGUGGGUGAGAAGAACCAUGGAGAGAAGCCUCUCAUCAUGUAUGCCUGCCACGGUCUUGGUGGCAACCAGUACUUUGAGUACACAACCCAGAGGGACCUUCGCCACAACAUCGCAAAGCAGCUGUGUCUACACGCCAGUGCUGGCACUUUGGGCCUUAGGAGUUGUCACUUUAUUGGCAAAAACAGCCAAGUCCCCAAGGACGAAGAAUGGGAAUUGACCCAGGAUCAACUCAUCAGGAACUCGGGAUCUGGUACCUGCCUGACGUCCAAGGACAAAAAGCCAGCCAUGGACUCCUGCAAUCCCAGUGACCCCCACCAGCACUGGCUCUUCGUCUAGACCCCAUAUCAUCCCCUGUGGGAGUUCCCACAAGUCUCUCAGGAAACAUUAUUUUGGGGAACCUGAUGUUUGGGAACCUGAUCAUCAGCUUCUCUAUCAGCCUUAAAGAUGGAGUUUAAACCUAAUUUUGGAUGUCAAGGCAGGACCUUUCUACUUCUUGCAACAACAUUGGGCCCAUUUUCUUUUCUCCAGAUCGACGGAAGAGACUGUAAGAACACAUGGUACUUGACCCAGAGCUUUCCUUCUGUCUGAGAAACAGAGACUUCCAAAGCAGAGAAAGCUCCUGGGAUGGGGCCCAAGGCAGCAAUGCCAAAUUCAAGAAAAGUACCUCUGCAACCAUGUCGUGACUUCCUGAUCAUCUAGAGCUGGGCAUACAGAAUCUAGUGACAUAAUAUAUUCUAGCAGAGAUCCAUCUGUUAGAGGUCUAAGAGCAACUCCCUUGCUAAUAGUACACCAAGUUUAUAGAGCCAUUUACGGUUUACAGAAAACAACCUGAUAGGAAUCCUUUAUUUUACUUCAUCUGCACAAUGACUCUGUAAGAAAGACAGGACAGGGACUGGCAUACCCAUUUUACAGAUAAGAAAGCUGAGUCAGGGAAGGGUAAAGGAGGUUGUCUGUAGUCCCACAGCUAGUGGAUGGUGGGAGCCAAAACUGAGGCUUGAACUUGGACACUGAACAAGGGCGCCUUCCAC